AUGAUAUCACAUAUAAAACAAUCAAGUGCUGAGCAGCAACUGAAACGAAGCAGUAGCAGUGGAUUGUUGCAUACUGCAGCUGAUAGUUUAUUCAAGUCUUCGUUAGGCAACUACAAUGCUGAAAAAGGAAUAAAAUGCAAUAUUGAGGAACGUUCUCUGAAUGCCUACUUCAGCUUUGUCGAGCCUGCGAGUUCAGCUCCUACCAACAAACAAGGCAACGGUGAGAAGGAUGAGUCAUCGCAGCGAUCAACUGAGCAGCACCAUAAGCAGAGCUUACAAAAAGCAAAAGCAGAAGAGAACGGCAGUCAACAACGGCCAGCAGCAAACGUGAUCACACCAACAACUAAGCAGGUACCAGCAAGUACGCAGGCCGCAAAGAACAACAUAAAGCAAGGUGAGAAUGUACCAAUAAAAAAAGGCCAGUCUGUACAAACUGGCAUUGACCGCUACAUUAACAUAAAAAGGAAAUUAAGUCCUUCAAAGUCAGCGGUCAAUCCCAAGAAAUUUCAAGGCGGUACACCAAUCAAGAAUAAACCGGAGGUUUUAAAUGGCAAUCGAUUUGCCUUACUAAGCAAUGGAUCAGACGACGAUGCGAAGGGUACCACCACAGUCGUUAAUGCCAAACCACCUCCAAUAUAUUUGCGCGAACGUAGCAGUAAUGCUCUCGUUGCUGAAUUAAGUAAAAUUGUAGGUAAUAACAAUUUCCAUAUAGUGCCUUUGAAAAAAGGCAAUAUAGAUGAAACAAAAAUUCAGUCCUACACUGAAAAAAGUUUUAUGGACAUAGUUAAAUUUUUGUCAAAUAAAAACGAAAAUUAUUAUUCGUAUCAACUGAAGAGCUCUAAGGGCCUAGUUGUUGUAAUCAAGGGUAUAGAGCCCGCCGUAGACUCUAGUGAAGUUAAAGAAGCAUUGGAAGAAUGUGGUUUUGGAAUUAAAACAGUUGUAAAUAUAUUUAAUAGAAACAAAGUACCACAGCCGAUGUUUAAAAUUUAAUUGUUGCCGAAUUCGAAUCAACUUAAAAAAAAUGAGACCCAUCCAAUAUAUAAUUUGAAAUAUUUGCUGCAUCGUAGAGUAACAGUGGAAGAACCACAUAA